AUGACUACUUCCAAGUUAGCUGAUCAUGUUAGAUCAGAAGCGAAUGUUCAUACUUCGAUGCAUGAUAUCAGUCAAGAAAUCAAUGUGAUUGAUUCUAGUGUUGAUGAUGAUAAACUUGGACAUCAACCACCCAAUUCGAUUCGAUAUAAUGGAUUAAUUCAUAUGAUUAUGAUUACGAUUAAUGAAUUGUUUAAUGUCAAUAAAUUAAAGGAUAGAACUAAAAAGCAAACUGAAUCAAUGCUUGGAUUGAUUCAAUUUUAUAUUUAUCAUUUUUUAUUAUUGUUUAUUUAUAUUUUGAUUACAAUUUAUAAGAAAUUUCAAACCAUUUAUCGGAAAUUUUUUAUUAAAUUUUAUACUUUAAUCUAUCAUCAUAAUAAUUCACCUCAAUUAAUUAGAGAUGAUGUGAAUAAAUUAAAUAAAUUACCUAAAACUUUAAGUUGUAUCCUUGAUCUUAAGGAUAAAGAUGAUGAAAUGGGAGGAAUUGAUGGAUUAAUUAAUCAAAUUAGUGAAUUAACGGCUUGGACCUUAAGUUGUGGUAUACCAGUGUUACAAAUCUAUGAAUUUAAUGGGAAAUUAAUUACUAAUAAAUCAUUAUUAACUAAAUUGAAUUAUAAAAUAUCUAAGAAUUUAGCCAAAUAUUUUGGAUUAAAUAAUUUACCUAAUUAUUCCAUAAAGAUUCCUCAUGAGAAUUUAAUUAUAUUUGGACCUCAGAAUACAUCUAAUUCAGAGAUUGAUUUACAAAUUCAUUUAUUAUCGAGAAUUGAUGGGAAACCAACCAUAGUAGAAUUAACUAAAACCAUGAGUGAAUUAGCAAUUAAUAAAGAAUUAACCAUUCAAGAUAUUUCGAUUGAUUUAAUUGAUGAAGAAUUGAUUGAAUUAGUUGGACCUGAACCUGAUUUAUUAAUUUAUUUUGGACCAAAUUUAGAUUUACAAGAUUUCCCACCUUGGCAUAUUCGAUUAACGGAGAUUUAUUGGGAACCGGAGAAUUAUGAUGUUAAUUAUCUGAUUUUGAUUAGAGCCUUACAAAAAUAUUCCAAUUGUGUUACUAAUGUGGGUAAGUAA